UCCGGCCAGCUCAGCGCUCUCCGUGUUGUCAGCGCUGUUUGUUCUCGGUAGUUGUCAGUGCGUCGCAGUGGUCUUCUUUUCUUUUGCCUGUUCUCCGUCAUAACAGCUAAGAUUUUGUAAAGAUGGUUCUGCUGACGAUGAUCGCGCGGCUGGCGGACGGGCUUCCGCUCGCCGCCUCCAUGCAGGAAGACGAACAGGGAAGUGAGAAGUUGGGUCGGGAUCUACAGCAAUACCAGAGCCAGGCGAAGCAGCUGUUCCGCAAGCUCAAUGAGCAAAGUCCCACACGAUGCACCUUGGAAGCUGGAAAUAUGACCUUCCACUAUGUAAUCGAGAAGGGUGUAUGUUACCUGGUGCUGUGUGAGGCAAGCUUCCCAAAAAAGCUGGCUUUUGCGUACCUGGAGGACUUGCAGGCCGAGUUCCACGAGCAACAUGGGAAGAAGGUGCCCAGUGUUUCCCGCCCAUACUCCUUCAUUGAGUUUGACACUUAUAUCCAGAAAACUAAAAAAUCAUACAUCGACAGUAGAGCACGCAGGAACCUGGGCAGCAUCAACACUGAGCUUCAGGAUGUGCAAAGGAUCAUGGUGGCCAACAUUGAGGAGGUAUUACAGCGAGGAGAAGCCCUGUCCGCUCUGGACUCAAAGGCUAGCAACCUCUCCAGCCUGUCUAAAAAGUACCGCAGUGAUGCCAAGUAUCUGAACACUCGCUCCACCUAUGCUAAGCUGGCUGCCGGCGGUGUGUUUUUCAUCAUGCUCAUCGUCUACGUGCGCUUCUGGUGGCUCUGAACAUGAGGGAUCCGGAUGAAGGAUACAGAGUCACAGAGGAGAGCAGCCAGAGAAAAAUUUCUGACAAAAUUUCAAUAAAUAGCAGAACAUCCAGAAGGAGACAAAAAACAAGUCUGGAAAGCUAUCAAACCAAAAUCCUUCCUUCUCCUUUGAGACUUUGACACGGGACAGCAUUCCAUCUCCUGCUAGAUUGACUUAGACCUGUAAUGUAAUUAGUAUUAUUGUUGUUAUAUUGCUGAGUUUAAUUUACAGCAGCAUGUUCUUAAUGACUGCUUUCUGUGUGUGAUAGUCUGCGUGUGAGAAAGAGGAACUGUUUAACUUAAAGUGAAUGACUUAGUGUCUCCUGUACAUCUCGAUCACGGUAAAACACUACCAGUUGCCUCCUUUGCCUCACCUUAAGCUCUGUGUAGAAAAGUUGACAACUUUACCAACACAGGCAUCAUCAGUGGGCAGACUGAACACAUUCAUACUCCUGCUAUUUUAUUAUUGUCACUCUGUCUUUGUUUUAAGGACAGUUCUAUGUGUCUGUAAGAGGCUGACUUUUUUGGCUUUCCGAUGGUGAGGGGGUGGGUGGGUGUGUGUUGUAUGUGCAGUUGAAAGAAAGUGAACCUUCCAGGUGCCCCAUCUCUUUGUCAGUUCCUCCUACACACUGAGUAUUUAAUGCAUUCUUUUACAGACUGGCCAAUUGACCUGGACCUUGUAAAAAGUUUACAUAUAUUGUGUAAAUAGGAACAUUGUCAGUAACUGAGAAGGUUAAACAGUUAUGCCAUUCAGCUUUCAACUGUUAACUGCAAAAAUAAAGUUAGCCAUUUGCACACUUUCCAUGCAGUUGAACAUACUUAAUUUUUGCCCAAGUAGAUUGUCUAUAACUGUA